AUGACUAAUACAAAUGUGAUGUCCACGCAGAAGCAAUGCCAAGCCAUUCUGACCAAACGCUUCAAAAAUCCGACCAAAUUCAAAAUGAACAAAUCGCUCAUUACCAUAAUAACAGUGAUCAUCCUCGCUUUACUGCCUUAUAGCUCAACUCUUAGCUUACCCAGUGGAGAUCCUGCUCCCGGAAGAUCUCCUGGUCCACCUACCUUUAAGAAUGUCGAUAUUGAUCACCUAGAGACUAAUUUGGAAGUGCCAGAUGAAACAGUUUACGACGAAGUGACGACGAAUGAUGAAAUCUCCUCAACUGUGAGUGAGUCAAGUGUAAGUGAACUUACGGUGGGUGACGCGUGUUCGUUCGCGAGCAUCCCAAGUGACAGCGACGGUAUUGUGACGCUGAGUGAACGAAAUAGUGACAUCAAUGUGACAAUCAGUCAUUCGGUCUUCGAAACGGAUGAGCUGGUGAAGGGAGUGAUAUAUGAUGGUAAGUGUGUAUUUAUU